AUGAUCAAAAUAGCAUUAGUGAAUACAAUACCAGUAAAAAAGUCUUCCAAUGAGCAAAAUAAUAAGCAACAAUUUGAACAAAUUAAUUUAGAAUCAUUAAACAAUGAACCAGAAGAGCCAGUGUUCCCUACAAUAGCACAUCAAAUUUCAAACCAUAUAAAUAUUAAUGAUGCUUCAAACAAUGUUCAAUCCAUUUUAAAUGAAGAAUCAUUAAUAGUUGCUAAAGAUUUUGAAGUAUCAAAUCAAGAUAUUGUAAAACGUUUUCGUAAGUGGGCUGUAGACUUCAAUGUAUCACAUAGAUGUGCCAAUGAAAUGUUAUCCAUUUUAUGUAGUACGGGCUUAAAACUUCCAAAAGAUGUUAGAACUAUUCUAGGCCAACAUAAAACUAAUCAUUUGAUUGUUGAAAUUGAAAAUGGUUCAUAUCUAGAUUUAGGUAUCGUAAACAUGAUUAAACCACAUUUAAUUAAACAAAUAAAAUGUAUUCCUGAUAAUAUAACGAUUAAGUUGAGCUUCAAUAUUGACGGUUUACCACUUGCUAAAAGUUCAAAAACUCAAUUUUGGCCAAUUCUAUUGUCAUUUGUAAAUUUACCUCAUUUUAAGCAAACUGGUAAUGUUAAUGAAUUUUUUAAACCAUUUUUAAACGAGAUUCAAAAUCUUAUAACUCAUGGAAUUAAAAUUGAAAAUAAAAUAAUACAUUUUGAAAUUGUUCACAUUGUAGCAGACGCCCCAGCAAAAGCAUUUUUAUUAAAAGUUAAAAAUCAUAAUGGGUAUUUUGGUUGUAACUCUUGCGAAGUAGAAGGUGAUUUUAUUGAUAAUAAAGUUUGUUUUUUAAAUUUGUGUGCACCAUUACGUACUAAUGAUUCAUUUCGAUCAAAGUCCAAUACAGAAUACCAUAAAGAUGGAUUAAGUCCUCUGAUAGAACUUCCUUUAGACAUAACAACCACUGUAGUACUUGAUUAUAUGCAUUGUGUGUGCCAAGGAGUCAUGAAACGGCUUCUAGAAUUUUGGGUAAGAGGUAAAAAACCAAUAAGAAUUUUAGAAGAGAAAAAAGAUAUUAUUUCUCUAUCUCUUUUAAAUAUAAGAAAAUUUGUACCAUCUGAAUUUGCACGUCUACCAAGAUCAUUAGAUGAUCUUGAGUAGGUAUUGGAAAGCAACCGAAUUUCGUGAAUUUCUUUUAUACACUGGGGUAAUUGUAUUAAAAUCAAAUUUAAAAAAAGAUAUGUAUGAACAUUUUUUACUUUUAUUGGUGUCCAUUCGAAUACUAUGCUCAAAUGACUUAUGUCAAAAAUAUAAUGAUUUAGCUUUAAAACUUUUAAAAACAUUUGUUCAAAACUAUUCUUCAAUUUAUGGUCCUCAGUUUAUUAAUUACAACGUCCACAGUUUGAUACACUUACCAUUUUUUUCUAACUUAUAUGGACCUUUAGAUAAUUUUAGUGCAUUUAAAUAUGAAAAUUACCUCCAAUUUCUGAAAAAAUCUAUGAAAUGUUGUAAAUUCCCCCUUUCCGAAAUCAAAAAUAAAAUUAUUGCAUCUGAAAAAGAAGAGCUGUUAAAUAUUUCUACUGAUGAUAAUAAUAUAUUAAAGUCAUUUAAAAUUAAUGAAAAAAUUUCAAAUUUUAAUAUUAUUCAUUAUAAUCAAAUAAAUCUCAAAUCUAAUAAUUUUGUUUUGAGCUGUAGCAAUCCCAAAGACCAAUGUAUCAUUUUAAAAAAUAAUGAUAUUGUUUUUAUUAAAAGUAUUUAUAAAAAUAAUUCAGAAAAUGAUAAUAUUAUAAAACUUUCAGUCAUUAAAAUACUAACAGUAGAAGAUUUAUUUUCAGAACCAAUACCUAGUAUGAAUAUUGGAAUUUAUUUAGUAAAUAGUAAUCAUGUGUCAAACCCAUAUCAAAUCCUUUUAAGUGAUUUGAAAUUCAAAUGUUUUUUUUCUCAACUCCUUCAUAACCAAGCUGUUAUUAUUUCAUUAUGUCACAGUGUCUGAUAUAAAUAUUAAAUUUGUAGUUCAAUUACAUUGUACAUGUUAAGAAUAUAUUUAUACUAAAUUUAUUGUAUGUUUAAAAUAAGUUGGUGAAAAUAGAAAUAUUUGUAUACAAUAAUG